AUGUUUCACUCCUUCCUACUGUCUUGUGUGGGACAGAGCUUCAGUCUCCAUCAUCAACCCUACAGGGUAAUUCUCACACACAGAAAACUUCAUUUCAGAAAACCCACUCAGGGGAGUCUGAGAGUCUGUCACCUCCACCUCAUGGCAGCAGGGAACCUUACCAGGGUGUCAGAAUUUCUUCUCCUGGGACUAUCAGAAAAACCAGAACUGCAGCAGCUCCUGUUUGGACUUUUCCUUUCCAUGUACCUGAUCACUGUGUUGGGAAACCUGCUCAUCAUCCUGGCUGUCAGCUCAGACUCCCACCUCCACACCCCCAUGUACUUCUUCCUCUCCAACCUGUCCUUGGCUGAUAUCUGUUUCACCUCCACCACUAUCCUGAAGAUGCUGGUGAACAUCCAGACACAGAACAAGGCCAUCACCUAUGCAGACUGCAUCACACAGAUGUAUUUUUUUCUAUUCUUUGGUGUGUUGGACAACUUCCUCCUCACUGUGAUGGCCUAUGACCGAUUUGUGGCCAUCUGUCACCCCCUGCACUACACGGUCAUCAUGAACCCCCAGCUCUGUGGACUGCUGGUUCUGGUGUCCUUUAUCAUAAGUGCCCUGGAUUCUCUGCUACAAUGCUUGAUGGUGUUGAGGCUGUCAUUCUGCACAGACUUGGAAAUCCCCCACUUUUUCUGUGAACUCAAUCAGGUGACCCAACUUGCCUGUUCUGACACUUUUCUUAAUGACAUGAUGAUAUAUUUUUCAGCUGUGCUACUGGCUGGUGGUCCCCUGGCUGGGAUCCUUUACUCUUACUCUAAGAUAGUGUGCUCCAUACAAGCAAUCCCAUCAGCUCAGGGGAAGUUUAAAGCAUUUUCUACCUGUGCAUCUCACCUCUCAGUUGUCUCCUUAUUUUAUGGUACAAUCCUAGGAGUGUAUCUCAGCUCUGCUGGUACCCACAGCUCACAGUCCAGUGCAACAGCCUCAGUGAUGUACACUGUAGUCACACCCAUGCUGAACCCCUUCAUCUACAGCCUCAGGAACAAAGACAUAAAGGGGGCUCUGAAAAGAUUCUUUGGAUGGCAGGAAAAUCUGAAACCUCAGUUUUUACCAAGUGUCCCUCAUUCAGUAUAUAUCAGUACCUUAGUGGAUUUUCCUGAGAAUGUAGACUAG